GUUGGAUUUUCCUUCAAAGCCUGUUUGUGAGCAAAAAUACAGAAGCAGCUCCUCCAGCCACGCCGGCCUGGAGGGACAGGCUUCCUUUCCCAAAGGUGCCAGGCAGAUGCACCAUCCGAGGACAGACGGAUGGCAGGAUGGGGACUGGACCUGAAGGCGUACAUCCUUCUCUUUACAGGAUAGGGAAAGCAGCUUCUAAGAGUGGGGGUUUCUUGGGUCCUCGGCCAGAUUUUCAAGCUCAAAAGCUCCUUAUGCUUCCAGGAUGCGGGGAAGCUGGUGCCCUGCUUGCUGCCUUGCUGAACUGGGGAUGGGGGAUGCCCUGCCAGCUGCGCCUGGAGCAUCCCACAUCUGGCCCCUCUGUCUCCUUUUCAGAGCCAAGAUGCAAAGGCAGUGGAAGAGGAUGGGCUGGUGAAGACCAACAUGGAGAAGCUGACAUUUUACGCCCUCUCUGCCCCAGAGAAGCUGGAUCGCAUCGGUGCCUACCUCUCCGAGCGGCUCAUCCGAGAUGUGAGCCGGCACCGAUAUGGGUACGUCUGCAUUGCCAUGGAGGCCUUGGACCAGCUCCUCAUGGCCUGCCACUGCCAGAGCAUCAACCUCUUUGUGGAGAGCUUCCUGAAGAUGGUGGCAAAGCUGCUGGAGUCGGAGAAGCCCAACCUGCAGAUCCUGGGGACCAACUCGUUCGUGAAGUUUGCCAACAUUGAGGAGGACACCCCAUCUUAUCACCGCAGCUACGACUUCUUUGUCUCCCGCUUCAGUGAGAUGUGCCACUCCAGCCACGACGACCUGGACAUCCGGACGAAGAUCCGGAUGUCCGGCAUUAAAGGCCUGCAAGGGGUGGUGAGGAAGACGGUGAAUGAUGAGCUCCAAGCCAACAUCUGGGACCCGCAGCACAUGGACAAAAUCGUGCCCUCGCUGCUUUUCAACCUGCAGCACGUGGAGGAGGCCGAAAGCCGCUCCCCCUCCCCGCUGCAAGCCACCGAGAAGGAGAAGGAGAGUCCUACGGAGCUGGCAGAGAGGUGUCUGCGGGAGCUGCUGGGACGAGCCGCGUACGGCAACAUCAAGAACGCCAUCAAACCCGUCCUCAUCCAUCUGGAUAACCACUCGCUCUGGGAGCCGAAGAUCUUUGCCACUUGCUGUUUCAGGAUCAUCAUGUACUCGAUCCAGCCACAGCACUCCCAUCUCGUGAUCCAGCAGCUCCUGGGGCACCUGGAUGCCAACAGCAAGAGCGCAGCCACCGUGCGUGCGGGCAUUGUGGAGGUCCUUUCGGAGGCAGCGGUGAUCGCAGCCUCCGGAUCUGUUGGCCCCACGGUGCUGGAGGUGUUUAACACCCUGCUGAGGCAGCUGCGGCUCAGCAUCGACUACGCGCUGACGGGGAGCUACGACUGCGCCGCCGGCGUCAGCACCAAGAUCAUCAAGGAGCACGAGGAGAGGAUGUUCCAGGAGGCCGUCAUUAAAACCAUAGGGUCCUUUGCCAGCACGCUGCCCACCUACCAGCAGUCUGAGGUGAUGGUCUUCAUCAUGAACAAGGUGCCGCUACCCUCCUCGCAGCAGUCCAUCGAGGCUGGCAAAGCCGGGGAGAACCGGAAUCGGCUGACACAGAUAAUGCUUCUCAAGUCCCUCCUCCAGGUCUCUGUAGGCUUCCAGUGCAGUAACAUGCUCACGGCGCUUCCCAGCGCCUUCCUGGACAGGCUGCUCUCUGCAGCUCUCAUGGAGGAUGCUGAGAUCCGCCUCUUUGUCCUGGAGAUUCUCAUCAGCUUCAUCGAUCGCCACGGGAACCGGCAGAAGUUCUCCACCAUCAGCACCAUCAGCGACAUCUCCGUCCUGAAGCUGAAAGUGGACAAAUGCUCGCGCCAAGAUACCGUCUUCAUGAAGAAGCAUGGCCAGCAGCUCUACCGGCACAUCUACCUGAUAUGCAAGGAGGAGAGCAACGUGCAGGCUCACUACGAGGCUCUCUACAGCAUGCUGAUGCUCAUCAGCAUUGAGCUGGCUAACGAGGAGGUCGUGGUGGACCUCAUCCGCCUGGUGCUGGCAGUGCAGGAGAUUGCCCAGAUCAACGAGGAUAACUUGACAGCGUACAACCGCUGCGCGCUCUUCGCCCUCAGCGCGGCUUACCUGAACCUCAUCAGCCAGCUCACCACCGUGCCCACCUUCUGCCAGCACAUCCACGAGGUCAUCCAGAUGCGACAGAAGGAAGCUCCCUAUCUGCUGCCUGAAGAUGUGUUUGUGGAGAGACCCAGGUUGAGCAAAAGCCUUGACCGCCUGGGCCCGGAGGUCUUCUUCUGGCAGAGCAAGAUCAGCGAGGUGCUGGGCGGCAGCGGCUACAACUCAGAUCGGCUCAGCACACCCUACAUUCCCCAGCUGACGGAUGAAGAUCGCUUGUCCAAGAGGAAGAGCAUUGGCGAGACCAUUUCCCUGCAGGUCGAGGUGGAAUCGAGAAACAGUCCUGAGCGAGAGCAGAGAGCACCAGCGGAAGAGAUCACGUACGAGACGCUGAAGAAGGCGAUAGUAGACAGCGUCGCCAUGGAGGAGCAGGAGCGAGAGCGGAGGCGGCAGGUGGUGGAGAAAUUUCAGAAAGCCCCGUUCGAGGAGAUCGCUGCCCACUGCGGUGCCCGGGCGACGCUGCUUCAGAGCAAGCUCAACCAGAUCUUCGAGAUCACCAUACGGCCACCGCCAAGCCCCUCUGGCACCAUCACAGCCGCCUACGGCCAGCCCCAAAACCACUCCAUCCCGGUGUACGAGAUGAAGUUUCCAGACCUGUGUGUGUACUGAGGGCGGCCGUGCUUGGUAGGGCAGAGCCACCGCUGCACAGCUCGCACCCAAGGACCUCGGGGGAGAGACUGCUGACCCCGCAGGGAGCACAUCCUCGUGCAGGACGGGUGGGGACAUGGACACCGAGGCCGCCCCAAGAUUUGUUGGCACCACAAA